AUGAACAACGUAUCUCCCAGCUCCGCGUCCUCCGAAGACGAGAAAGCUUCCUUCAAGGACAAGAACGGUAAAGCCUCUGUCAAGGUCAUGGAUAUUGGAGGCGUGUUCGAGGAUGGACGUGCGAUUGACAUGGGCGAGGAUGGUAAAGAACGACCAAUUGUGUCUGCCGAAGACUGGUCGCUUCGUCUUAUCUCGCUCGACGAUGACCCAACUCUUCCCGUAUGGACCUUUCGUCUAUGGUUCUGCUCUAUCGGCUUGUCGUGUUUUGGCGCCGUGUUAGGUCAGAUAUUUUCAUUCCGCCCCCAAACUGUCUACGUCUCCCAACUCUUCCUCCAAACAGCCGCUUUUGGUCUAGGCAAGCUUCUAGAAGAAAUUCUCCCGGGGCCUAAUAAUCGCCUCCCCCUUCUGCGAACCUGGGACAGCGCCUUUUGGCGCUUUAUCAACCCCGGCCCGUUCAAUAUCAAGGAGCACGUCGGCAUCCUCAUCAUGUCGGCGGCCGCCACGCAUGGUGCAUUGGCUAUCAGCAUUUUCUCCGCUGAUGAUUUAUUUUAUGGAUUCCAACCAAACCCUGCCAUUGCUAUCUUCACGCUGCUUGGAAGUCAGUUAUUGGGCUAUGGACUAGCUGGGAUGAUGCGCUCGUUUCUGGUAUACCCCACCUAUAUCGUUUUCCCGAAUUUGAUCCCCACAAUCCAAAUGUUUGAAGUCCUGCAUAGUCACACCAAUAACUUCCUGCAGAAAAAAAGGAUUAAAUUUUUCUGGAUAUUGUUCAUCGGCGCAUUUAUCUGGGAAUGGUUCCCAGAAUACAUUGCUCCUCUGCUUACCGGUGUCUCUAUCAUGUGUCUUGCUCGUCGGGAUAGCGCCUGGGUAACUCGUAUCUUUGGUGGCGCCGCUGGUAAUGAAGGUCUCGGGCUUUUCUCGCUUUGUUUUGACUGGAACUACGUCGGUUCUGGCGGAUCCGCCUACGGCGCUCUGUUUCAACCUUUGUCGACCCAGCUGUCUUUGUUCGGUGGUGUACUGAUUUGCAUAUUGAGCUUCGUUGGUGUGUACGCAAAAAACGUGUGGAAUUCCAAGAGUUUCCCCUUCCUCACUCAGUUGCUCUAUUUUGAAAACGGCACAGAAUAUGACCAAACUCUUAUCCUGGACGCAGACUACUCGAUCAACGCCACAAAGCUUGAGGCAGUUGGCCUUCCCUUUAUGGCCGGUACACAAGUCGUAUCCAAGAUUGGUGCAAGCUUGUCGUUUGGAGCCACUGUUACACAUAUGAUUCUUUGGAAUGGUAAGCAAGUGUGGGAUACUAUUAAGAUCGCUCGGGCCAAUAAAAUUGAUGAUGCUCAUUAUGAAAAAAUGAAAGUUUAUGAGGAGGUUCCGAUGUGGUGGUAUGCUGGAAUGUUUAUGUCGUCUAUAGCCAUGGCACUCGCUACGAAUUACACAGGCGAGGCGCUGUUGCCUUGGUGGGCCUUCUUCAUUUCCGUAGGCUUUGCUGCAUUUUUCUUGCCCAUUAUAUCGACGUUAUAUGCCGUUUUAUGUUACGUUCCGGGGACCGAAGACAUUGCUAGAAUGCUUGGUGCAGCAUUAGUGCCUGGAAAGCCUCACGCGAACAUGUACUUCACGAUGUACGCCUACAAUUCAACCGAACAGGGUCGCUCAAUGACAAGGGACCUGAAGAUGGGACAAUACACGAAGCUCCCUCCCAGAGUAACGUUUACUAUGCAAUGCGGUGGGGCGAUCAUCGGCGCCAUUCUCAACUACAUCAUCAUGAAAGUUGUCAUUAACGCUAAUCGUGAAAUCCUCCUCAGUGUACAGGGUACCAAUGUAUGGUCAGGAGCGUCUAUUCAAUCUUUUAACAGUGAUGCAAUUACAUGGGGUGGCCUCGCAAAAUACCUGUACCAACCUUCUGGACGAUAUGGCAUGAUCCCGAUGUCAAUACUCAUUGGUCUUGUCGUUCCCAUCCCUUUCUGGCUUCUACACAAGAAGUAUCCCAAGUUUCACUUCGAUAGUGUUAUUACGCCGAUGAUCUGCAGCGAAAUUGGCGCUCUUUCGGGAGGAAUCAACUCCGCCAUCUUUAACACAUUCUUGCUGUGCAUGUUUAGUCAAUUCUACAUGAGAAGGUACCACCCAAGAUGGUUCAGGAAAUACAACUUCUUGAUGUCAGCUGCUCUGGAUGGUGGAACAGAAGUCAUGGUAUUCGUCUACAGUUUCGCGGUUGGAGGUGCCGGGGGCCGUGUCGUCAAUUUCCCUAAUUGGGCACUUAAUCCUGCCGGAAAUCCCGACUAUUGUAAGAGGCUGACUUAG